AUGAGAUCUAAAGCGUCGGUGCGUCGUUCGGUGGACGAUUCGUUAUUCAACGACGUCCACGGUGGCCAGCCUAAGCCCGUAUACGACAAGGAUAUAUUGUCGAUGCCGGUGUAUGAUAAGCCAGUAUACGAUGAGGAUAUAUUCUAUGAGCUCCCCGGAUUGAUCAGCGAAUCCCCACCUCCUUAUGUAAUAUUUGACGACACUGCCGAAGAUGAGGACGUUGUCGUCGAUGAUGAUGAUGAGUAUGGCAAGGCUGGACAAGGAAACCAUCUCCAGGGAGAGUACCGAAAAAUAUGUGAUGAAUAUAGUGAUUUCACCACUUGCUGGAAUGUCUUGCAUAACGUGGUCGAAAUUGGAAAUUUUGAGAUUUGCAAAUUCUUGAUAACGUCACUCAAAGUUUAUAUUGAUGAGGGGGAUACACCUUUGGUCGAAGCUGUCAAAUGGGAGCGUAUCAAAAUUCCGGAGUUUCUCCUCAAACAGGGUGCUAAAUUUAAUCCUCCAAAUGUUGAGGGAUUUACUCCAUUGCACUAUGCAGUUAUAGAAGAUAAUAUGGAGCUUAAGGAAUUGUUGCUUGAGGCUGGUGCGGACCAAAAUUUAUUUUUCAGUGGUAUAAUUCCUUUGGGAGUUUCUGCAAAAGGAGACGAAGUAGACUCGAGGACGAGUCUUUUUCAAGAAGGGGAGUAUGAUGCAGUUCUAGAAGACAAGUCUUGA